AUGGGCGAGACUCAAUGGAUUCUAUCAGUCGGCGCGAUUCUCAUCGCAUUCAAGUGUCUUCUGAUACCAGCCUACACCUCCACAGACUUCGAAGUGCAUCGUAAUUGGAUGGCUGUGACGUGGAAUCGGCCGAUGAAGGAGUGGUAUACAGAGUCAACAUCCGAAUGGACACUCGAUUAUCCACCGUUUUUCGCUUACUUCGAGUUGGCGUUGGCGUAUGCAGCGAAGUUUUUAGGAUUCGACGAAUGUUUGGAGAUAUCAAACACGCCAAAAAUGUCUCGAAAAAUACUGAUUUUUCAACGAUUUUCAGUGAUUUUAACGGAUUUCUUCUAUCUCGCCGUGUGCGCUCUCUACUCGUUCCGUUCGCCACGUCUUGUCGAGAGAAUUCCGAAGAAAUUGAGACGAAAUGGGCGAGAAGCGUGCUUCGUUCUGCUGGCAACACUUCAAGCACUUCUGAUUUGUGAUUCGAUUCAUUUUCAGUAUAAUUCGAUGCUCACUGCAUUCUUCAUUCUGUCGAUGUAUUUUGUGGAUUCGGGGAGAAUGUUGAUGGUAAGGAUGAGGACAUCCGGAUGUGUGGAUGCCAUCUCCCUCGCAAUCGCCCUUCUCUCGCCCUUCAUUUUCUCCUUGUUCCCAUUCUUCCAUAUCGAUGGAAUCGAGGGACUUCAAAAUAUCGCCACCCGACUAUUCCCCGUCUCUAGAGGACUCACACACGCAUUCUGGGCACCCAACUUCUGGGCUCUCUACAAUUUUACGGAUUUGUGUUUGUAUCGAGUGCUGAGUCUUCUCAAAAUUGGGAAGUUUGAAGCGCCCACGUAUACUUCUGGAUUGGUUCAGGAAUACACACACAGCGUGCUCCCGAAUGUGACACCAAUCGGAACACUCUGUCUAGUUGUCGUAUCAUCUGUCAUUGUACUAACUGGACUGAUUAUUCGAUGGAGAAGAGACUCCCGCCAAGUGGAUUUCUCACUUUUUGCCGUCUUCUCCGCCCUCUCAUUCUUCUAUUUCGGAUAUCAUGUUCACGAGAAAGCGAUCAUUCUGAUUACGGUACCGAUGACGAUUUUUGCGAUAAAAGACCCAAAAUACCAUCGUCAUCUCGUCCAUUUGUCAUGUGUCGCCUCGUUUUCCCUAUUCCCACUCCUCUUCACACCAUUUGAAAUCCUGCUGAAAUACGCCAUUUGUCUCGCAUAUUUCUUGCUGCAAUUGACGUUUUUAAAAAGAUACACACGAAUGUCACUCGCAGAAAUGUUGCCGUGGCGAUACGUGGCUAGUUGGAUUUUAUUGGGAGCUGUGGAGAUUUACAACACGUUUUUGCAUAAAUGGCUCCUCUCCGAUCGUCUUCCCUUUGCCCCUCUUAUGGUCAUUUCCGUGCUCACCGCCAUCGAGCUCACCGGUUUCUUCGGAUCCCUUAUCUGGCACUGUUUCGCUGAUGGAAUCAUCGAGAUCACUUGGCAAAAAGCCACGUGUCGCCUCCGUGAACAACUCAUCCGUGACGUCACAUACUCAGUUCAAACUGUUGAUGACGUGGAAGACGUUCAAAUAGUCGCAGGCAUCGACACGUCGGCAAGUACACAGAAUCCCGACAUGGUAUAUGUAUCGGUUAGCUUCUGGAAGUAUCCGAGUCUCGAACACAUGGCUACAGUAUCCGACACGCGGAUCCUACGACUACCGUAUAUUCCACAGUAUCUUGCAGUUCGCGAAGCAGAGGUGAUGGCUGAUUUUGUGAAAAAAGUGAUAUCGGAUAGACCCGAUCUCAGGCCGGAUGUCAUUUUGUGCGACGGUUUUGGACAGUUUCAUUCGAGAGACUGCGGGAUGGCUUGCCACGUGGGUGCUCUCACUGGAAUCCCGAGUAUCGGAAUCGCAAAGAAUCUGGCUCUCCAUGAUGUCUAUGAGACUGUUGGAAUUGACAAAAAAGCCACGGUCGACAAGUUUGUGGACAGUUGUAGAGAGGUCUACAAAUCGAACAAAGCGGUGGCUGGAUACAUUCCAUUCGAUAUUGUGGAGCCGGUGAAGUUGAAUAUUUUGAGGAUGGGCGGGUCGAUGAGCGGUGUCUUCGUCUCCGCUGGUUACGGCAUCGAUCUGGAUCUGGCGACCACGAUUUCAUCGCGAAUGCUUCUGAACAACACAACUUGUGAGCCAAUUCGAGCGGCCGAUUUGGAAUCUCGACGACUCGUUCGAGAAUAUUUCGAUGGGAAUGAUAAGAACGAAUAA